CGCGGCUUGUCACAUGCGAGGGAUUCCGAAAGGUGACAGAAAUUGCAGCUACCACGUGUGCUUUUCAUCAAAAACCCCGUUAGUGCCUCACUUUACAAUGCAUGUCAACGGAGGCCGAUCUUCUGCACUCUCACUGAUGUCCGAUAAGAAGAUGGGCUAUCUGGUGUUUUGGCUGGUAACCGUGGCUUUGUGUUGUGACUAUGGAUUUACACAGGUUCUACGACCAAGGCAAAUGAGGUUCCGAGGACCCCGUCGGUUUCCGCUAGGACCUGGCCCUGUCCGGUUUCCAGGAGCUCCUUUUCCCGGAUCAUUUCCACCACUGAACAGACAGAGGAACUUCGUACCUCAGCCGCCUCCUCCCCGGAGACAAAUUCUUUUCUCCAAUCCCGCUAAUCAGUUGGCACCUAAUUUACCCACUUCUUCACCUUUCUUGACGGGGUCUGUCUCCGGGACAAAUUUUGGCACCGUGAAUACCCAAAGCUCUAACCUAGUGUCAGAUUCAGGGGUGACAGUGGAUGUGGGGAACUUAGAUUUCGGGACAGUGGCGGAAGCUGUAAUGACUGAUAUGUUCAGAGAAAAUGCAAGGGGAGGUAACUCGUUCACUAACAGCAACGGCGUGAACGCGAACACUCAGACCUUAACUCAAGGACAAACAAACUCACUGCUGAGCUCAGCAUCUGGCGGUUUCCAGUUAGAUAGAGUCAAUGUACCGCAGAACAGUGUACCACAAAUCAAUGUACCGCAGAACAGUGUGCCGCAGAACAACCAGAUCCCUAAUAACUUGAACACAAAUCCGGGUUCACAGGAGCCCAUUGGUGUUGGAUUAAGACCUAUUGAGUUGCUGAACAAUGACAGAAGUUUGGUGGAGAACAACAGAGUAAGCAUCAACUUUGGGGCGGCACCAACGCAAACUUUAACGACUGGAAACCUGGUCGGCUCCACCGAUCCUCAAACAAUACAAAACGCAACAAGUUCGUUAACGUUGUCACCGGCAUUUCCAGGAUUUGCUCCAUUGCAACUUCCGGAACUUGGAGACGAUUCUUGGUUCUCUUAUUUGAAAGGUCUUCUAGAUCGAACCAACCCUGACCUGCGGAUAUUUUCAAACUCAACAGGUGAGGGUAUGGUUCCUAUCCCCCAACGUAUAACGGACGUUCCCAGAGGCACUAUGCCGAUUUACAUCAAAAACUUCCGGAGCAAUCCAGCAUACGUUCCUUUUCGACUUCCGGGCCAGCCAUACAAUAUGCUCAUUCCGUUCAAUAGAGAUAACCGGGAAAUGGUGUACCCGUAUUUGCCAAUCUACAUUCCGUAUCCGAACGUAGGAGUUGAUGUUCCGGAAGCUGGACAACGUUUUGUGGCGUAUCUUCCGUUCCAACCGGAUAGAUACAAGGCAUCCUCAGAGGGCGCUGGUGUCGUCUUCCCACAACUCUCUUCAGCUGGUUCGUUCCCGGUUUAUACAGACAGACGUCCCGUAGUGGGAAAUCUAAUGCAACGGCUGGGAAGAUGAAAGUGAAAAAAGAAGCUAGGAGAGAAAAGAAACCUUAAUCAGUGUUUUAGUGAUCGUCUCGCUCAAAGUCUACAAAGCAUCACUUGAUUGACCAUCUUCCAAAUAAUGACUUGCAAUAAUUAGAAGUAGUACUCGGUAAUUGAUGAACGGGCAGAUCCAAGCUGAAAACAUUUGUGGGCCCGUGCUUGAUUUUUUGUGAUCUUUUCGCCAUAAAUGUCCAUCGAUCUGGUCGGCAUUUGACAGAAGUCUCGCAGUAAAUCAGUUGUGGAAUGUAGGAAUGCCAAGAGACUGUAGCUAAAGCUCCUUGCCCUACUUGUGUAUUAUAAUCAAACUCUAUUUCUGUUUUUCAUUGUAUAGACUGGCUUAAGUAGAUUUAUCACUGAUUUCAUAAGCCUUAUUAUUUAUUGUACGGUUUCAUCAAUGUCUUGUAAUUCUAUAAGUAUAUAUAAUAUAGAGAUAUAUAUAGGAUGAUGUACUCUUUUAAUGAUUAUUUUGUAAUACCAACAUGCAUGCAUUUAUUUAGAUAUAAAAAUUUCCCCUUUAUAAGACGCAUGGGGACAUCCUCUC